AUGCAGCAUAUUGUGAGCACAGGGUCGCCUGUGCCCUCUGAGAUAUUUGCGCUGGUUGCAACCAUCAUCAUCUCCAUUACAGUACUGCUAAUUCUCCGAUACUUCCUGCCUCUCCGAACCACGCCCGCCUUCUACCUCGUCCCCAUCUUUUUCGCCAUCUUCCUCCCUGCCGCGAUUGUCCUUCUCGUUCCAAUAGACCUUGCAUCGAGUGCAAGAACCGAAGAUGAUGCCAUUCGAGGAAUAUGGCUCCCCGAGAGGGUCCUCCUCGUCUCGUGGAGGAUCACGUAUUGGCUGACCUUUGCUCUCACCUGGUUCCUCCUCCCGAUCCUUGCCGAAUACUCCGACUCCGGACAUCGCGACCCAUAUGGAAAGCUCAUGUACUCGCUCCGUUCCAAUGCCCAGUUCCACGCCAUAGUCCUCGGCUCUAGUUUCGUUGGACUUAUCUACAUCUUCAUUAAAUACGGCGUUUCCCUCACCUCUUUAAAGAGCGUAGUAAUGGCCCUUGCCUACUGUUGGGGUCUCGUGUUUGCCAUCUACCUCAUGGGCCACGGCCUGGUAUCGAUACCCCGCCAGCUCUUCCGAAACGCAAGCAUCAGCGGUCGUCUCCGGAGACUACAGAGCCAUGCGCCGGCUCUACAUGAAAAGAUGGAAGACUCUUUGUUGACUUUGGAAGACAUCGAGGCUCAAGUGCUAGAGCUGAGCCGCCGGAAGGUUGGAAGCGCGAGAGACUUCGGCGAUUGGAUCGAGGAGCUAGUUGAGAUCGCCGGCCUUCCCGACUCUCGCCCUGUUACGGUCGACAACACGAUCGGUGGAGAGAGUCGCAUAUUGCCAACGGUGAUUACCGAGCAAUACAUGGCCAACUUAACUAGGGAGCUAAUUCGAGCCCGCCAUGCUCGAUCUCGUUUUGUUGGAGAAUGGAACCGGCUCGUCCACGAAGCCGCGAAGACCCAGACUUUACUUGACUCGGCCGCCUCCAAGAAACUUGAUGUCGGCGAGCUUCAUCCAGAGUCCUCCCCAUGGUCCCGCCUGACCGUACUUACACCAUAUUCGCGGUAUCUUCUCCAUUAUCACAUCAUGCCAUACGUACGAAUCUUCACUGGCGUCUUGCUCGCCUUGGCGUCUGCCUGCAUUGUUUGGUCUGAGGUUGUCAAAGUCGCCCUCCCUAAUCUUUCCAUCAUCCGCUUCACUGUUGUGCAUCAUUGGGUUGGCGAAAAGGGCCAGGUUGGGUUCGCGGGCCAAGUUCUCUCCAUGUUUUGGCUGCUCUACAUGUGUGCGGCCACUCUCACAUCGAUAACCGAGGUCAAGGUGUGGAGAGGGAGAGCGCUCACCCGACGAAAUACUGCAUACGAGUCGGCCUUUUGGUACUCGCAGCAAGUGGCUAAGCUCAGCGUUCCAUUAUCUUACAACUUUAUGACUCUACUAUCACCCAAAAUUUACAAAAAGACCGUGUUUUACGGUUUCCUUGGUCAGCUCAUCGACUUCACGCCGCUAGGGAGGUGGUUUGACUAUCUAUUCCCCAUCCUUAUUCUAUUCCCUGUAUGCGCUACGCUGUUCGGUAUAUACGGAAGAGUCAAACGACUCCUAGGUUUCGGCCUCGACAUUGUCGACGACGAGGAGGAAGGAGGAGGAAGGGGAAGUCACGGUGCCGGCCUAUGGAGGGAAGGCCGAGAUCUCAUCGAACGAGAUUUAAGCGGCCACUCCCUGUCUCGUCGCAGGGAUGAGGCUAGAGCCCGGGCUGCCGGAGGGCCACCCGGUCGUUCCGCGCCGAUAUUAUCCAUUCCAUCCGCCCGCGGCGCAGGGGCCUCUUCGUCAUCACCUCUUAGGUCGCCCACACAGCCCAGUAACCCACGCCGACUCGGACAGCCAUCCCGCGACGCGGUGUGGAACGACGAGCCGACAGGCGACGAAAACUUUUUCCAGAUCCUUGGCCACCGGAUGAAGAAUACCAUUGAUACUUUUGAAUCGCCGAGGUGGCUACAGGAUCUAGGCGAGGGCAUCAAGAAUCCCCCCUGGACCAAUAACGGAAAUGAGGGUGGUGGCAGUGGAAGAAAUAAUGGAAACCAGUCUGACAUUAGGCGGUGGUUUGGCGGUGGUAAUGAUGAGGGUCGAAUCAGACUCUAA